AAAUUAGUCACACAAAUUGCCAUUAUAAAAAUCGAAUAGUAUUUAAUCAAUCUCUACUGUGGCAGUACUUGAGGUAGACAUGAAGAUAAUAUUGUCGUUUAGUACUAUGGUUCUGUUAGGACUAUCGGUAACGAACGCACGUGGGCCGUGCGGCUGCAAACCGGUGUUCGAAUAUUGCGCCAACGACUACACCACGUACCACAGCAUCUGCGAGUACAAGUGCAAACAUCCCUCCACCCCGUUCCAUGACUGGUAUAUUCUGUACAACGGGCCUUGUAUUUCGACGUCGGAGACUACAACUCGUGGGAGAACUACGACUAAGUCGACAGUUACAACCGGGCCCACUAGUACCACGCCGUCCACGACAUCUGCAUGGCAGGAGGAAUAUACGAACUCAAUUAAUGGAUAGACUUAUCAUUUAGGGUGCAUGUAAUUAAAAUAUAACAUUUAAAAAAAGUU